UUUUGGCAUCUUACCUUUUCGUGGCCUUUUCUACCUGAAUGGUGAGUUUUUUGCCCUCGGACAAGGGGUAAAUGGUAGAGGGGUAAGUGACACCUUCUUCCAAGGAAGUAACCUCAGCCUCCUCAAAGUCUUGGGCUGCUGGUAUUGUCUUCCUCCAUCCACCUUCUGGACCUGAGUGCCGUUUGAAGUUUCAGUUGCGGUGAUGCUUCCUUCUCUCUGAGCAUCUUGAUUGGCCCCCGGGAUGCUGACAUGUUGAGGGGCGGUCCAGCCAAGCUCUUUGGAGCAAGGCACACAGUCUUACUCCAUUCUCCGGCUCCCUCAUCCCCACACUUUUAGAAGCUUUCCCUUGGGAGAGGAAUUGUGUAGAACACAUUGUGUAGAAAUGAGGCAACAAAAAGCAGCGGAAGACCCUUCCCUGACCCUGUCGGCCUCACCUCUCCUGGUCUUUCUUUGGUGGGUUGCUCGGCCCCACAUCCAUCGCCGUGUUAAGGGAAGCCCCGCCCAUGCGGAGGGGGGUGGAGCAUAGGCGGAGUCCGAGGAGUCUGGGAAGGAACAAAGCGCGGCCUGCGGGCGGCGGCUGGGUUCCCCCCGGAGGCUGGGCCACGGGGAGCAGGGCCCGUGGGCCGCAGCCCGAGUGAAACAUUGGAGGGGUCCAGGUGGCCUCGCGGUCCAAUUCGACCGGGCCAUGAACGGUCUGCCCUCAGCUGAGGCGCCGGGCGCCUCGGGCUGCGCUCUGGCCGGGCUCCCACCUCUGCCGCGGGGCCUCAGCGGCCUCCUUAACGCUAGUGGGGGCUCGUGGAGGGAGCUGGAGCGCGUCUACAGCCAGCGGAGCCGCAUCCACGACGAGCUGAGCCGAGCUGCCCGCGCCCCGGACGGCCCCCGUCACGCCGCGGGCGUUGCCAGCUCGGGCUCUGCAGCAGGCGCACGCCGCCCGGUUAACCUAGACUCAGCACUAGCGGCGCUGCGCAAGGAGAUGGUGGGGCUGCGGCAGUUGGAUAUGUCCCUGCUGUGCCAGCUGUGGGGCCUGUAUGAGUCGAUCCAGGACUACAAGCAUCUGUACCAAGACCUGAGCUUGUGCCAGGACCUGUCAUCCUCCCUCCACUCGGACAGCUCCUACCCACCUGAUGCCCGCCUGUCUGAUGAUGACGAGCCUCCUGAUGCCAGCCUGCCCCCAGACCCUCCACCUCUCACCGUGCCCCAGACACACAAUGCCCGUGACCAGUGGCUGCAGGAUGCCUUCCAAAUCAGCCUCUGAAAUGCUGAGGUGGAUAGGAACGCACCCAUACAAAAGGCUCACAACUUGCCCUCAGCAAGUCCUUAGUCGACAGUGCCUGCUCCUUUACCGAUACCACCUCACUUCACUUCAGGAGGGCAAGGCAUAUGUAUAUACCCUUCAGGCCAAGAUUGCAGCCGAUGCCCAGUGCACUGGGUUUCCCAUUUGUCCCACAUGUGUGCACCCCUAGCUUGGCCAGCCCUUAGACUGACCAUGGGGUCCAAAGCGUCUUGCACUCCCGUUGGCAUCUCUGGGACCGGGACGAGUGCCUAGCUCCCAUCUCCUUCGCUGCCACUUGCAGCUGCUGGCUCAGGGGCAUCCCUACCUGUGGCCCCAGGGUUUCACUGCCUGGGACAAGGGCUCCAGGACCCAUCCUGGCAGCCACUCACAAGCCAGAAAGGCUAAGGUCUCUAUGCUGGAUAUUUAAGUUUAGGGACCAGUUCCUGGAUGAGAAAAUAAAGAAAUACUUUCAACAUUGUA